CACACACACACGCAAUCGCAUCGCCUAGGACCCAAGCUGCGGCAGGACCAUGCUCACGCGUGUGAAAUCUGCGGUGGCUAAUUUCAUGGGAGGUAUGAUGGCUGGAGGCUCCAACGGAGACCAUCCAGGCGGCUCCGAGCUGCCGCUGAAGUACCCGUACAGCAGGCCGGAGUUCCUGGGACUGUCGCCGGAUGAGAUAGAGUGCUCUGCGGAUCACAUCGCCAGACCGAUCCUCAUCCUGAAGGAGACCAAGAGGCUGCCCUGGUCCACCGGCUACGCAGAGGUGAUCAAUGCAGGAAAAAGCUCAUUAAAUGAGGACCAGGCCUGCUGUGAGGUGCUGGUGGUCAAAAGGAGACCUGCAGGAUGCUCCACGCCCAACCGAACCCCUACGAGCCGCAGGAGGUCUUCCCUGCCCAAUGGAGAGGGCCUGGGCCUCCCGGAACGCCCGGAGAGCUCUGACCACCUGACCUUCCACUACUGGGCGUUGUUCGAUGGCCACGCUGGCUCCGGGGCGGCUGUGGUGGCCGCCCGCCUUCUACAUCACCACAUCGCCCUGCACCUUCAGGAGGUGUUGGAGAUCGUCUGCACUCCUAACCUGCUGCCCCCCACGUGCCUCGGGGAGGAGCCGAUCAAUCACCACCUCACCCCGACCUCCCAGCGCGCCCUCACCAGGGCUGCGUCCCUCCGCGGCGCUGCAGGAGCUCCCGGCUCACCCAGCACCCCACCCACACGCUUCUUUACAGAGAAGAAGGUUUCACACGAGAGCCUGGUGGUCGGAGCCAUCGAGAAUGCUUUCAAGGACAUGGAUGUGCAGAUAGAGAAGGACAAGGCGGUCUACAACGUCUCCGGCGGCUGCACUGCUCUGGUGGUCGUCUAUUUGCUCGGGAAGCUCUACGUUGGGAACGCUGGAGACAGCAGAGCUAUCAUUAUCCGGGCCGGGGAAGUCAUCCCCAUGUCAGCAGAGUUCACACCGGAAUCUGAGAGACAGCGACUGCAGUUCCUGGCCUACAUGCAGCCCCACUUAUUAGGGAACGAGUUUACACAUUUGGAAUUCCCGAGGAGGGUCCAGAGAAAGGAGGUUGGGAAGAGGAUGCUGUACCGGGACUUCACCAUGUCAGGAUGGGCGUAUAAAACCAUCGAGGACGAUGACCUGAAGUUUCCCCUGAUCUACGGCGAAGGGAAGAAGGCUCGUGUGUUGGCGACCAUCGGGGUCACCAGAGGUCUGGGCGACCACAACCUCAAAGUGCACGACUCCAACAUCUACAUUAAGCCCUUCCUGUCCUGCUGCCCAGAGGUCAAAGUUUACCCUUUGACGGAGAGCGAGCAUGGAGCUGAUGACGUUCUGGUGCUGGGAACCGACGGUCUGUGGGACGUGCUCUCUAACCAGGAAGCGGCUGAAGCGGUCACUUGUUUCCUGGCAAACUGCGACCCCGACGACCAGCACAGGUACACAAUGGCAGCCCAGGACCUCAUAAUGAGAGCACGAGGGGUGCUGAAGGAUCGGGGCUGGAGGAUAUCCAACGACAGAUUGGGCUCCGGAGACGACAUCUCCGUCUACAUCAUUCCCCUCAUGUACGGCAACAAGCAGAACUAGCAGAGCUACGGAAAAAUACAACCACCACCGAAACGUAACCCUGCCUUGACCUCCGUAACUCCCCUCAUCCCUUUUGCUCUUCUUAAAGUGCUCUAGUAUCGACUUUCUCCUCUGCUGAGGGAUCCAAGAUGUCCCUGGUCAGAAAUGGGACUUUUUUGUUUGUCCAGGCUGUUUCCCCCGUUGAUCAUCCUUAAUCAGGGCGAUCUAUUUUCGUCUGGUCCUUUUUUUUAAUAGUAAAGUAACAAAAAAAGAAAGAGCUGUUGAAGAGUUGAACUACUGAUUUUUUUUUUUUUCACAAUCCCGAGGAAGCCAUCAUGAACCUUGUUGCGGUGCCUAUAAGGUUGAGAGCAAAGACUCUCAUGGAUGAGAUGGUGAUGUGCAUCUCAGGAUUCAUGUUACUAACUAAUGCACAAUAUUUAUAAAUAUGAAAAUGUAAAUACUCCCAAGGUAAGACAUUUGAUAAGUGUGUUUGAUUAAACACCUGUACAGUGUAAACAAACAAAAAAAGAAAAAAAAACUAACCUGAAGGCUAAUGUCCUGCAUAUAUAUGAAUCAUACCUCCUCUGUUCCAUGUAGAGCUUUAAAUUAGCCACGUUCAGUCAUCUGCAGUUGUUAGACUUUUGUCCAAAAGAAAAAAAGAAAAACUUGAAAGCCUUCUGUUUUUCCUGAUGCUGCAUAUUUGUAUUAAUUUGCACGCCUUGUAUUGCGAUACUGUACUCACUACUUAAGAAAAUCCCUUUGAAAAUAAAGAAACAUUUCUGAAGAAACCCAGAACAGGAUGAGCUACGAGACCCUGUUCUCAUAGUAUUACAUGUAGCCUGUAGCUUUUACAUUCAUUCAGUUUAAAGUGGAAACACAAAGAAGUCUUUCUGUUGCACUCAUUCACCGUCAGCCAUCUACCUCAUCAUUUACUUCCUUUUAUUGUAUUACGUAUCACACAUUGUCUUCUUUGAGUGGCUGUUUUUAAUUCUACAUCAGGUGCAUCAGCUGCUGCUUUGUGUGCCAUUAUUCAGUCAGGAUUUGUUAACAUGUUUUCAGAAAACACUGAAGGAAAAAAAGGCCUCACAGGGAACUGUGUGGGUAUAGUGGUACGAAAUGCAUAUAUUUGUAUACAUAUUAUGCUCAAAAACCUCUUUGCAAUGCUUUCAUGAUGACAUUUUGUCAGUAAGAGUUGGAUAUAUUGUCCCUAUUAAGAUAAACCCAUUCUUAUGAAUAUCAGUGGCUCCUAAAUAGAAAGGCUCUGAUUUUUUAUGUGUCAGCAGGUAUGAAUAACACAUUUACCAUGUGUCUAUAUUCAAUAUUGUUCCCUGGCUCAUUAGUUUUCCACAUUUUAGUUUGUCUAGUUUCAGUUUUCAGCUUCUAAUUGUAAUUGUUGCAAAUAUUCUAUCUUAACUGCUUUGCGAGUGGCUGAAGCUGGUGAAACAUGGAACAGAGUGACUUAAUUUAAAUGUAAAAAUGUAAAUAAUGUUUUCAGUGGAAACCUCUCUCCUUUCCUUUUGUGUAAGCGAUGUACAUCUUAAAAAAACAAAAGUUGUAAUUUGCACUGUUUUGGAAACCAAGAAACAGUGUAAAAAAUGCUUUAAAUGCUCAC